AUGCAGACUCAACCCCAGGAUACCAUGUCAGCGUACCAAAACGAGGCUGUCGGCGAAUAUCAGUUGCGAAUAUUCUUCCCCUGCCCAGCGGAAAGGUUCGAUGACGACCUCUACGGCAGGCCCCUUUCUCAUGAUCUAGAACCCAGCAGCAAGAGUGACAGCCGUGCUUAUGAAGCGUUAUCAUAUCUCUGGGGAAGUCCGAAAAGCCCCAAGCAGACCCUGACUCCUCUAGAGAAGUCUGCCCCAGGUGCGCUUGAUGGCAGCAAUGCGCAAGCAGUCGGUACGCUCCAAAUCGGUCAGAAUCUCGUCGAUGCGUUACGCAACUUCCGAUACAAGGAGAAGCACCGAACCCUUUGGAUCGACGCCAUCAGCAUCGACCAGGGCAAUACGGAAGAGCGUUGA